AUGAGAAAAGUGAAGGAUCGGGAGCAGUUGAAGGUGAUGGUGGGCAGAGGAAGGUUGGAAAACAGAGGAGGAGGAGAAGAGGAGGCUGGUGCGGGCAGAUUUGGGGAUGUGGGAGGGAGGGUGGCGGAGGAGGGUAUGGGGGUUGAAGGAGAGGGAGGGGAUGUUGGUGCCAAGGAGGAAGGGUGUGGAGGAGGAGGUAUCGAGGACGAGAUGGGUGAAGAUGACUUAGGAGGGUCUUGA